UCGCUCCGGGCAGCCGGCGCGGCCACCUCGCCGGGCGGCUCCUCGGGCCUCCGGAGGCUCUCGAUCGCGGCCUUGACCCCUCCCGCCGCCCCGGGCGGGAGUCCCGGCUCGCUGCCGCCUCCGGGCCGCGCAUUGCAGGCUCCGUGAAAUCAGCAUCCUUGUGUGGUUCAGUCAGCAGUCUUUCCCUGGUACCUGCCUCCGCGCCUGGCUCACAGGAGUGCUCGGAACAACGUUCAGAGGUUCCGGACGAUGACUGACGCGGGUUUGUGUGGGAGCCCUCCCCGCCCCUGUCCCGCCCGAGCGAUAAGCAUCCCGCGCGUCUAGCCCGCCGCCCCCCGCCGCGGCUCUGAGGGGAGGCGCGCUUCCGCUCGCGGACCUGACAGAAGUCCCGGCUUCCCGCGGGCGCUGAGCGCGCGCGGCGCUGCUGUGUGGCCGCCGCGGGGACGCCCGCCGCGCCCCGGGCCAUGAAGUAGCGGCUGCCGGCGGCGCCGCGGCCCGGUCCUCCCGGCGCUCCUCCCGCCUGCCCGGCGCCGCGCCGCCCGGUCCUCCCGGCCGGGCCGGAGCGCCGAGGACAUGGCUGGCUUUCGGAGCCUGCUAGUUCUCCUCCUCGUGUUGCCCAGCGGCUGUGUGGGCUUCCGAAGCCCACUUUCUGUCUUUAAGAGGUUUAAGGAAACUACCAGAUCAUUUUCCAAUGAAUGUCUUGGUACCACCAGACCAGUAAUUCCUAUUGAUUCAUCAGAUUUUGCAUUGGAUAUUCGCAUGCCUGGGGUCACACCCAAACAGUCUGAUACGUACUUCUGCAUGUCAGUGCGUUUGCCAAUGGAUGAGGAAGCCUUCGUGAUUGACUUCAAACCCCGUGCCAGCAUGGAUACUGUCCAUCAUAUGUUACUGUUUGGAUGCAAUAUGCCAGCGUCCACUGGAAAUUACUGGUUUUGUGAUGAAGGCACCUGUACAGAUAAAGCCAAUAUUCUCUAUGCCUGGGCAAGAAAUGCUCCCCCAACGAGACUCCCCAAAGGUGUUGGAUUCAGAGUUGGUGGAGAGACUGGAAGCAAAUACUUUGUCCUCCAAGUACACUAUGGGGAUAUUAGUGCUUUUAGAGAUAAUCACAAGGACUGCUCUGGUGUUUCCUUACACCUCACACGCCUGCCACAGCCUUUAAUUGCUGGCAUGUACCUUAUGAUGUCUGUUGACACUGUUAUACCACCAGGAGGGAAAGUGGUGAAUUCUGAUAUUUCAUGCCAUUAUAAAAAGUAUCCAAUGCAUGUCUUUGCCUACAGAGUUCACACUCACCAUUUAGGCAAGGUAGUAAGUGGAUACAGAGUAAGAAAUGGACAGUGGACCCUGAUUGGACGCCAAAGCCCCCAACUGCCACAGGCCUUCUACCCAGCAGAGCACCCAGUGGAUGUUAGUUUUGGUGACGUGCUGGCAGCAAGAUGCGUGUUCACUGGUGAAGGAAGGACAGAAGUCACGCACAUUGGUGGCACGUCUAGUGAUGAAAUGUGCAACUUAUACAUUAUGUAUUACAUGGAAGCCAAGCAUGCAGUUUCUUUCAUGACCUGUACACAGAAUGUAGCUCCGGAUGUGUUCAGAACCAUACCACCAGAGGCCAAUAUUCCAAUUCCUGUGAAAUCCGAUAUGGUUAUGAUGCAUGGACAUCACAAAGAAACAGAGAACAAAGACAAGACUUCUCUACUACAGCAGCCCAAACGAGAAGAAGAAGUGUUAGAACAGGGUGAUUUCUAUUCACUACUUUCCAAGCUGCUAGGAGAAAGGGAAGAUGUUGUUCAUGUGCAUAAAUAUAAUCCGACAGAAAAGGCAGAAUCAGAGUCUGACCUGGUAGCUGAGAUUGCAAGCGUAGUCCAAAAGAAGGACCUUGGUCGAUCUGAUGCCAGAGAGAGCGCAGAACGUGAGCGGGGCAGUGCUGUUCUUGUCAGAGACAGAAUCCACAAAUUCCACAGGCUAGUGUCUACCUUGAGGCCCGCAGAGAGCAGAGUUCUGUCAUUGCAGCAGCCCCCACCUGGUGAAGGCACCUGGGAACCAGAGCACACAGGAGAUUUCCAUGUAGAAGAGGCACUGGAUUGGCCUGGAGUAUACUUGUUACCAGGCCAGGUUUCUGGGGUGGCUCUGGACCCUCAGAAUAAUCUAGUGAUUUUCCACCGAGGUGACCAUGUCUGGGAUGGAAACUCUUUUGAUAGCAAGUUUGUUUACCAGCAAAGAGGUCUCGGACCAAUUGAAGAAGACACUAUUCUUGUCAUAGAUCCAAAUAAUGCUGCAGUACUCCAGUCCAGUGGGAAAAAUCUGUUUUACUUGCCGCAUGGCUUGAGUAUAGACAAAGAUGGAAAUUAUUGGGUCACAGAUGUGGCUCUUCAUCAGGUGUUCAAACUAGACCCAAACGGUAAAGAAGGCCCUCUGCUAACCCUGGGAAGGAGCAUGCAACCAGGCAGUGACCAGAAUCACUUCUGUCAGCCCACCGACGUGGCUGUGGAUCCAGACACUGGGACCAUCUACGUGUCAGAUGGCUACUGCAACAGUCGCCUCAUGCAGUUUUCACCAAGCGGAAAAUUCAUCACACAGUGGGGAGAAGCGUCUCCGGAGAGCGGCCCUAAGCCAGGUCAGUUCAGAGUUCCUCACAGCUUGGCCCUGGUGCCUCCCCUGGGCCAGCUGUGUGUGGCCGACAGGGAAAACGGUCGGAUCCAGUGUUUUAAAACCGACACCAAAGAAUUUGUGCGCGAGAUUAAGCACCCAUCGUUUGGAAGAAAUGUGUUUGCAAUUUCAUACAUACCAGGUUUGCUCUUUGCGGUGAAUGGAAAGCCUUACUUUGAGGACCAAGAACCUGUGCGAGGAUUUGUGAUGAAUUUUUCCAGCGGGGAAAUUAUAGAUGUCUUCAAGCCAGUGCGCAAGCACUUCGACAUGCCCCACGACAUCGCUGCGUCCGAGGACGGGACCAUGUACGUCGGAGACGCUCACGCCAACACCGUGUGGAAGUUCACCUCCACCGAAAGGGGGAAUUCUGAUUUUUCUCUCUACUUGCUGUGCUGUGUUACAGAAAUGGAACAUCGAUCAGUUAAGAAGGCUGGCAUUGAGGUUCAGGAAGUCAAAGAAUCCGAGGCAGUUGUUGAAACCAAAAUGGACAACAAACCCGCCUCCUCAGAAUUGCAGAAGAUACAAGAGAAACAGAAGCUGGUCAGAGAGCCGGGCUCCGGAGUGCCUGCUGUUCUCAUUACAACCCUGCUGGUUAUUCCUGUGGUGGUCCUGCUGGCCAUUGCCUUAUUUAUUCGCUGGAAAAAAUCAAGGGCCUUUGGAGCAGAUUCUGAACGUAAACUUGAGGCCAGUUCGGCAAGAGUUCUGGGAAGACUUAGAGGAAAGGGAGGCGGAGGCCUAAACCUGGGCAACUUCUUCGCCAGCCGGAAGGGCUACAGCCGGAAGGGGUUCGACCGCCUCAGCACGGAGGGAAGCGACCAGGAGAAAGAUGAGGACGCAAGCGAAUCCGAAGAAGAGUACUCUGCCCCACCGCCCGCGCCCGCCCCUUCCUCCUGAGAAAAGGGGUUUUGUUUUAGGUCAACGAGAUUUACCAAGGAUGCCAGGUUCCUUUCCCUUGAGCACGUUGAGCGUUUUGCAUAUUUAAUUGUAAACUGUACCCGUCUGUGUGGGACUGUACACCUUUUAUUUACUUCCUUUGGGAUUAGUUGGCUUCUGUUCCUAGUUGAGGAGUUUCCUGAAAGUUCAUUCACCAUGCCAUUGUCUUUAUAUGAACAUAGGAUAGAGAAACGAUCCUCUUCCGUCACGCUAGUCGUUUAGGGAUGGAAGGUUUGCUCAUCUGCAUUUUUGAGACUUUUCUGUAGUUUGUAAAUAACUCCAUUCUCUGCUUGAACACAGUAUUUUCCCAAUAGCACUUCCAUUGCCAGUGUCUUUCUUUGGUGCCUUUCCUGUUCAGCAUUCUCAGCCUGUGGCAGUGAAGAGAAACUUCGUGCUACAUGACGACAAAGCUGCUAAAUCUCCUAUUUUUUUAAAAUCACUAACAUUAUAUUGCAACAAGGGAAAGAAAAAAGUCUCUAUUUAAAUUUUUUUUUAUUUCCUUCCUCAGUUGGUGUGUUUUGGGGAUGUCUUAUUUUUAGAUGGUUACACUGUUAGAUCACUAUUUUCAGAAUCUGAAUGUAAUUUGUGUAAUAAAGUGUUUUCAGAGCAUUA